UGUAGUUGUUUAUGUUUUAAAAAAAAAUACUUAGAGUUUGGAGUUUGCACAUUCGAGAAAACGCAAUUUUAGUGCAUUAUUUUAAGUACAAGUGUCUCGUUUAGUUAAAAUAUGUCUCUAAAUACUGCUCACGCCGACCACGGUGUGCUGAUUCAUGCUGGAGAAUGUAUCAUUUUAUUUUCUGAUAAUGUCACCGUGGAGUUCUAUGGAAAUGACAAGUCUGAACUCAAAGGAACCAAAAUUGGUCGGAUGUAUUUGACAACUCACAGAAUGAUUUAUAACUCCAAGAAUAAUACAGACACACUGAGAUCAUUUAGUUUUCCAUUCAUUGCACUGCAGGAUGUAACUGUGGAACAGCCAAUGUUUGGGGCUAAUUACAUUAAAGGCAAAGUGGGAGCUCAACCAAAUGGAAACUUUAUAGGAGAGGUGAAGUUCAAAUUAACAUUUAAAUCAGGGGGUGCAAUAGAAUUUGGACAGGCUAUGUUGAAAGCAGCACACCUGGCAUCCCGUCACACCGCUCCGAACGCCCCUCCGCCGCCGUACACUCCGCCGACCGGGCCGUGGUAUGCUGCUCCGCCGCCGGCGUACGCUCCGCCGCCGCAGGGAUACUACGGCUGGGUUCCACCCUACUCGGCUUUCCCGGAUCAACCGUCCCCGAACUCCGUUUUCGUGUCAAACAGUCCCCCGCCGUAUCCGGGCGUGACUGGAGCCACUUACCCCGCCGGCGCGGGCUUCUCCGGGAUGACUCCCAACGCCAGUCCCACAGGUGGGCAAAACUGGCAGAAUCCGAAUGCUCCACCGCCGGGGUACCCUGGUAACGCCAGCCUACCGCCUUCUGGAUUCGCGGGGGGGUUCGUACCCCCACCCGGAAUGUCUGCUAACGAUGCAAAGGCCGCCGAAGCGGCUCAGAGUGCUUAUUACGACCCCAACAGGCCGCAAACAGCAUAUGUGCCCCCACCAUAUAACGAUCAACCUCCGACCUACCAGGAAUCUACAUCGAAAAAAGAGAACUAAAGCAUUGUCCACAUUACCACAUGCCCACUCCUAGUCACGGUCCGACGUUCUCAAAGAUGAGACAGGACAUGUGAACUGGAAACCAUUACGAUGUAGAAUUUAAUUGAACCGCUCUUAGAUUAAUUUGGCGAAAAAACAUUUUCGAUAUCUUGUCUCAGUAUAAAAUAAUCAUACUGAAUUGAUCUUGAACCCUGAUGUCCUUGAUAAGUUGAUAAAGCAAAAUAUUUACACAAUUUUGCGGCAAUGCUUGAAGAAAAAUUGCAGUUUUUCAUUAAAUUAAAACAAAAACAAGCUAUGCAAAUAUAGAAAAUGUUCUUUUUAAAUGUAAACUGGUAGUAAUUAAUCCUGAUUUCCAUAUUAAACAUAUAAUAUUAUAUUUUAGAGGUAAAAAGACGGCAACACUCCUAUGAUUCUUCUGGUGUUGCAAAGAAUGUGGGUCUCGGGUGACGCGUGCGCUAAAACAAAAGUAUUAUUUUUGUUAAGAUAUAUAUCAUUGUUUAUAUAAUAGAUUAGUUUUUUAUAUUUUAUAUAUUAUAGUUUCUACCUUACUAAAAAUUGUAUAGAAUGUGAAUUAUGCGAAAAAUUUUAUUGGAUAUUUUUUAACAUGGGGGGGAUGCAUUCUAAGCAGAGUGGUUCAGUUAAAUUUUACAUCAUUGUUUUAUUUGUAUAAUUACACAUGUUUUAAUCACAGCUUCUGCAUUCCACAUAUUGCGUUAACAAAAUUAUUAUAUUAUGGCUGUGUCGUGAAGUAUUAAAUAAUAAUUAACAUGAUGCAUUAGCAACAUCAAAAUUGUUAAUUCCAAAUAAUCUAUUUAUUGUUGUAAAUUGUAACGUGUAUUCUAUAAAGUUAGUAUUGAUAUUUUAAUAAAUGCAAAUUUUAAAGGCA